AUGAAGGUUUUCGGUCCUGUUGUUCUGCUGGUCGCGACUUUUUUCUCCCCAUCUAAAGGGGACAAGUCAAUGUACAAAAUGGAGUCGUACGAUAAUGAAAACUACAAAGUGAUGUGGAAAUACGACAUGCUCAAGGACGAGUUUCAUUUUAACGUCACCGUGAACGCAACCGGCUGGGUUGGCUUCGGUGUGUCGGAAACAAAAGGAAACAUGACGGGUUAUGAUGUGAUGGUGGGAGGUUUCUCCGACAAUUCCGGUUAUGCAAAGGUGAGUGUCUUACCUUGAAAGAAACUAUGAGCUAGAUUUCAAGUCGAGCACUUUCAUUUUGUAUCAGGAAAUGUUAGAGUAACAGUUUUCUUGAGUUACAAAACAAAACAAAACAAAACAAAAAAAAGCCUCGGAAACUCGAUAACAUCAUGAUUUAAGACUCAAGGAUCAUUCGAAAGGGACGACGAUUGCUAAAGAAGUUUUGGACUAUUUUCUCUCAACUGGUAAUGAGGCUUGCUUUCGUUUGACAAGUUGACAAAACAAUUUCUCUCCAAACCAUAACUUACGUUGGCAGGUGACAAAAGGGAACAUGAUAAAAGAGAUUCGGCAUUUUUCUUAGUUGCAGAGUUAAGGCAAACAAAAAAAACCUGAUCAUAACAGUUGCCUGGUAAUCAAGUGAUUACUAAACUUAUUAAAUGACCGAAAUUAACCGUAUUUUACUUCUCUCGGGGCCAAAGAAAAUUAUUCGUGAGAACAAAGUAUGUAAAUUUGUUUUAUUUACCUGUGUAAGUACACAAAAGGCUUUCUUAGUUGUUGUCAUUCGCAUCAACAAGCUAAAAAGAAAACCGGCGAGGCCGUCAUGUUAUUACUUCAUAGCAGUUUAGUCCCAAAUGACUGUGUGAAGCAACAUCAUUUUAAUUUCACAUCAUUUUAUCGACAGGAUUAUUUAACGACAGGGCGUAUGAUGCCGAUGCCAGAUAAAGAACAAAAUUACAAAAUGAUGAACGCCUCGGAAAUGAACGGCUACACAAACUUGGUGUUCUACAGGAAGAGGGACACUGGUGAUGCUGAACAAGAUGUUGUAAUUAAGGUGAGAUAGAUAGAAAUUCCACUCAAAAUCUAUCGACACACGCUCCCUAACUAUAAUGACAUGCAUAUCAUUAAAAUUACUCAGUGCCAGGUCAUGCUAUUUUGACGAUUUUCGCCGGCUGGAUAUUGGUAGAGCGUGAAUAUUUGAAAAAGAACCUGUGUUCGGACCUUACUCAUUCGAAAAAUUUUCUACCCUUUGCAAAGAGCUUAAAUCACCCUGAAUUUGGUGUUUCAGUUUUCUGGGAUGUUCUUCCUUUUUUAAAGGUGCAGGGUAUGUCCUUCCAACCAGGGAACGUUAACAAUUUUACGUAUUUGCCAUUGUUUUUGCUCCCUAAACUUUACCUUGACGAGAAAACCGAGCGUGUUUUUGAGCUGCGUGAAAUUCUUGAUACUUUGGCUAGAGUCAUGCAAGGCCGAUUAAAUUUGUUGUGAUCAUGUGAUCAUUACGUCUGUUUGGUAAUUAUUAAAGAUGAUUAAGAAAAGAAAGACACCACUGACGUAAAUAACUAUGUAAAAAUAUUGAGCUUUGUUUUUGUUUCAAUUGUAUAGGUUUAUUUUUGCCCUCAAGGUAUAUUUGCUUAGGGUUCUAUAUCAUCCUUUUUUGACAUGCAACAUAAAUUGGUAACAACUUCCAAAAUGCCUAACAUGUUCAAUUUCUGGUGCAGGAUAGCAAAAACUUCUCUUUACGUCAAUUCGCGAAACUUCUCGUCACCACUCCUUUGGUCCACUUGGACACUCAUAAUAUCGCAAAAUAUCUACAGGACAAUUAGACCCUUUGAUUCAAGAAAUGGUGGGAAAAAAAGUGUUGCAGUUGAAUGAAACGUCAAAGCUUCCUUAUUUGCGAAGUGUGAUAUUGAAAUUAAGGGCUUCUUUGUCCGUCCUACCAACAUCAAACUUCCAAAACAAUUGCCGCUUAUUAAGUGACGCAACAAUUAAUAUCGGACCUUCAGGGAAAAACAGUUGAUAUUAGACUUAUGACGAUGCAUAGUCACCGCUUAUUUAGUUAGUAUUUGCGUGUCACACGCCUCGCUUCCAGCAGAUGAAAGCCGGCGGGAAAUCAGAUUUUUAGAUAAUGGCUAUUCUUGAGCCAACCACCUUUUGAUCAUUCGGUACAUACUUUGGGUAGAUAUCUUUGAAUAUGCAGCCUGGCUUUUUACCAAUAUCCAAUCCAUCUAUCAAUUUUAUGAUCUACAACAUUCAAGGUGUUGCAGACAUGUCAAGCGGUUAUCAAAUCGGAGAACUGUAAAAGAAAGAGAAGGAAAAUUCAUCGCAUUCACGCACAAAUCUGCUCUAAGCAGAUCGUUGAACCACCGUUUUUUUGAGUCAGGGCCGAAAUUAGUGAGAGACUACUUUGAGUGGUUUUGCCUCGCUUCACAUGAGAUUGGCUACAGAAAUUCAUGGCACGCACUUAACCAAUCAAAAGGCUGUGCAAGAAAAAAAAAUUAUUUUGCUCAUGCAGGUUUUUGCGCGCCCUAUAUUUUGGUCCGUGUUUCUUUCUAAAAUCAUUUUAGAGAUGCAAAUCACUGUGAAUUAUGGUACUGUAAAGUAUAUUUAUCAGUAUUAUUUGCUUCGUUUGGAGACAGUGUUCUUCGCACCCUGGGGCUCAGUAAAAUUAAAAUUACAAACACCAAAUAUGUCUCAAACACUAAAGAAAACGCAUAUGCAAUAGUACGACGGUAAUCAAGAAAAAAUGAAAAGAGGGGAAAGUUUCUAAAGAAACUGUGGUGCUGCGUCGACGGGAGAGUAGAGCAGGGUAAUUUACUGUUAUCAACUGAGUUGAUAACGUAAGUUGUCCUUCGUUAAUCAAGAGAGAUAUGAAUUUCCUUAGACAAUCGAUAACAGUUCAUUAAACACCGCGGAGAUUAAUUCACGUGAAAAACAAAAAUAACUUCAUGCAAGAUAGCUCAGUUCAUUUCAAUUGUUUAGGUUGUUUGGUUGAAGGGAAAAAGUAGACAAAAAAACUUACCUCUUGCCUCGAUUUGAGCCUCGUCACCAGGCAGAGGAAAUCUAAUUGAUAACGAGCCUCGCUGUGAGUGCAUAGUAAUACUCGAAAAAAUUUACUUGUAGUAUGGGUAGGGUCCAGACUUAGCCGAGUCCAAAAACACCUAGGAAUAAGGAGGACAAUGUGCGACAGUUAUUUCACAUUUGAUGCGUCAUUUUUUCUAUUCCUAGACUUGAUUGGUUGGUAAUUUUUUUUGCAAUAUGAAUGCAUAACCUAAAAAAUAGAGCAUGGGAAUGAAAAGAGUGUUUCAGCCAGAUGUAUGGUGUAUCCUGUCUGGGUAUAUCAUAGCAUAAACGUUGUCACAAUAACUGAAAAUGGAAUAACGAGUUAUCGAAGGGGAACAUAUUAGAUCAAGGCAGUUAGAGUGCGCAGUGUGGGUUCCUCACUUAAAAUCUGAUCAAUUGUUUUUUUUCACUUUGGAAUUUCUAGCCAGGUAUGAUGUACCUCAUCUGGGCAUAUCAUAAAAUGUACGAUGUCAAUCAGACCGCGAAUGGAACAUUCAUGAAACAUACUGCAAGGGGUGCAGAGGCCUACUCUUUCAUCGACCCCGAUUACGUCAUGGUGAAAAUAAAUGACAACUACAGGCUGUACUGGAAAUACGAUAAAAACAUGGACAUGUUUUACUUCAAGAUCGUGGUGAAAGCAGAAGGUUGGGUUGCCUUUGGCGUGUCCAAUAAUGUUGGAGGAAUGAAAGGUUACGAUGUGAUGAUUGGCGGAGUAAGAACCGACGGUACAGGAUAUAUUGGGGUAAGGCACCUUAAACGUGUUCAAGUGUAUUCUGCUCCAUAUACCAGUAACGGUUGCCUAUCAGAAGUUCUUUUAAUAGUAUCAAAAGAAAAUUGCUUUUUUUCAUGAUAUUUCCUGUUUUGUUAGGAUUACAUGACGCAAAGCCGCUCCAAACCUCCAAAAGAUAACCAGCAGGACUUCGAAAUGAUGGGCCAUGAGGAACGGGAUGACUACACAAUGUUGUCAUUUAAGCGUAAGAGGGACACUGGUGACAUGGUUGACGACCUCGAAAUAACGGUUCUGUAGCAUUUUCAGCUUCUAGUUUAAUUGCUCAGGUUAUCGGAGAGACUUUCACACCUUCACUGGUCAAGAAUUGUAUCAUACCCUGCGCGAGGUGAUCAUAGCAUGGGUGCUAGAAAUUUUGAAUCGAACUGGCUGCAAUUGGCCAGGAAAGAAGGAGAGGAAGGGAACUCUGUAAAGCUCGAGUUCCCUUCCCGCCAUUGGUUCAAAUUGUUUCUCAGUAGCCCCAUCUUCAACUACCCGACAUUGCCUCUAAUUUAGUCAGUUGGUUUGUUCCCAUCCAUUUAAGAUAUUUAAUGAUAUGGUACCUCAUUUGGAUUAUUUUGUUUCGAAGUGUUUGAGAAAAGUGCCCGUAAUCGAAGAAAGGAGCUAACAUUUCCCGUCACUUUCAUCAACUCCAUUUUUAUUUUUCUUUCCGUAGACGAAGAAAAUGUACAUUAUAUGGGCUUAUCACGCAAAGGAGGACGUAAAAGAAAAGGACAGCUUUGAGCAGCACACUCAGAGAGGGUCAAUGGAAUACACUUUCCAGUUCACACCACCUGGGACUGCAAUGCCUCCUACAACAUCUGAAUCCCCAGCGAUGUACGUUCCAUCCAUAUUUGGAGUCCUUGCCAUUCUUUUUCUUAAGUAUGUGAUCGGUGCCUAAGUUCCAGACGAAAAGUUGACCAGGCUAACCUGAUGCUCGUUGAACAAGCUACAAUAGUACUCAAUCAUCCAAUGCGGCAGCACUUUUUAAACCUGGUUGAGGCAUCACUGACUGGCAUCAAGCUUCACCCUUUGACUCGUAAGAGUUGGUGGGUGGGGAGAGAGGGGUUGGUUAGUGCCGCACCCUAAGGUUUUUCCUCAUUAGUUCUUGUAUUUGACCA